UUAUAUUUCCAAUCCAAGUUUAUUCAAAGGGGAAAUUAAAAUGCUAGGAAUGAACAAAUUUAUUUCAAUGAAGAAAUUAGCCAAGAAGGCUAAGGCAAUAACAAGUCCUACUCAUGAAUACUUUCUUAUUAAGGACAACAAAAACAAUGAAGAAUGGUCACUAGCUAACCCUAAUUCAUCAAUACCAAUAGGGAAUUUGGCCAUCUAUGUGGGGGAAGAACGAGAACGAUUCAUCGUUCCAACGAGCUAUCUUUCUCAUCCAUUGUUCAAGAUUUUGUUGGAGAAAACUUACAAUGAGUUUGGGUUUGAUCAAACAAAUGGAUUGGUGGUGCCAUGCAGUGUUAAUGCAUUUCAAGAAGUGGUUAAUGCUGUGGAAUGUUGCAAUGGGAAGUUUGAUUUUGGUGAGUUGGUGGAGGAGUUUUUGUAGUAGAUAUUGUUAUAUGAAUAAUAGCAUAGGAAAAUAGAAUGUUUUUGUAACUUUUAAAAUUGGAUCACAUUUUGAGUGCCAUCAUAUAGAGUAGCAUGA